AAUCGCCCCGCCUCAAACGCAAAGUCGGCGUCCAUGAAGGUGACGCCCUCAAAGAAGAUGUCUGCUCCCCCUUCAAAGACCUUGACUCCAAAGUCAAGGGUCUCUUCGACCCGUUCAUCCAAGCUGAUCGAAAACGAGCUGGAGUCGCAUGAGGAGCCUGAGGAGGACCAAGAGAUCGAAGCAGUCACUGAGGGGCUCGAAGGAGAAGAGGAGGACCACACCAUGGACGAGACGCAAGAGGAAAGCAUUGUAAAGGAGACCACUCCGGAGCCGGCAGGGAGUGACGAGGACCAGGAGCCACCCAGCAAGGACCUCCCUGAGAUCCUUGCCAUGGUACCGGCCCCCAAUGAGGACCAUGAGGCCUGGUGGAAAGUCGGCAGGGUCUUGAAGUUUCAGGUCGAACUCAUCAAGUGGAUUAUGGAGCACAACUCGAAGGAGCAGUGGAGGUCCGUGCCUCCCAUGGCGGCAUCGUACAUGGGUCCGGCGUUCAAGGCACAGUGGUAUGCCUGCAUGGGGAAACAAAUCGCUGUAAAGCUGGCGACUUGCAGGGGCCCAGUUUACUCGCCAUUCAAGGAGUGGGUAGAGAUGCCGAGGACGGCCGUGGUAGGGAGGGAUAACAAGCCUCCCUUCGAUACAUGUGCGCUCAGA